AUACCGGGUGCAAAUAAACCUAAACAAAAACUAAAUUUAAAAUGUAUUGAUGUACAAUUGAAAAUUUCUAAUAAAAAAAAAACUAUGAAAACAAGAUCUAAAUUGAAAAGCGAUAGCGAUAAUUCACAAAAUAUCGUUGACUCUGAAAAGAUUGUUGAAUGUAAUUCUGAUAAAAAAAAUUUAAAUGACCCAAUUCCUAUUACUGCAACUGACGACCAAAAAACUGAAGAUCAGGAUAAGGAAAAAAAUUCAACAAAAAAUAUAUCAAAAAAAGCAAAACUAUAUUUCGUCAUUAAGGAUAAUUUAUUUGUAUUAAGUUGUGUUGGGUGUAAAUGUACAUUUCCAGAUGUCCCAGAUUUUUUAAAUCAUGUUUGCAGCCCAAAGGAUAAUGGAUCUAAGAAAAAAAGUGUUUCAAAACCAUGUAGGACUUUAGAAGAAAGUAUAGGAACUGAAACAAAUUUAAUUAUUGGGGAAGAUGGUCUAUGGCAUUGUAGAAUUUGUGAUAAAGGAUAUGAAAAAAAGAAUAGCCUUAAAAAACACGAACAAGCACAUUUAUUUACUUUUACAUGCGAAAUUUGUGGUAAAGGAUUAAAAUCAUCUGUAAAUUUACGUGAACACAUGAAUGUUCAUUCUGGAGUUCGUCCUUAUAAAUGUCAUUUAUGCCCUAUGACAUUUGCCCGAAAGUGGGGACUAACAUCUCAUGUUCGCUCUCAUAUUGGUGAUAAAAGAUAUAGUUGCGAACAUUGUGAGAAAAAAUUUAUAAAUGGUGCCAUAUUAAAAAUUCAUGUUCGAAUGGUUCAUACCAAAGAAAAACCUUGCCAAUGCGAAUUAUGCGGACAGCAUUUUUAUUCAAAUCAGUUGCUGAAAGAACACAAAAAACGACAUUUGAAUAUUAGACCUUAUAAAUGCGAAUAUGAAAACUGCGGCAAAAGUUUCUAUGAUAAAAAACAAUUAAAUCGUCAUUAUGUAUCGCACUCAGAUGAAAAGCCUUUUAAAUGCACAUUUAAUAACUGUGACGCUAAAUUUGCUAGACAAAAAACAUUGCAAGCACAUUUGAAAAUCCAUUCAGGAGUAAAAGAUCAUUUGUGUACGAUAUGUGGUAAAGGUUUUGCUAUGAAUUAUAAUUUAACAAGUCACAUGAAAAGCCAUGCAAAUGGAAAAUUAAAAGUAAAAAAAAAAGACUUAUCUACUAAAAGAAAAAAUUCAAAAAAAAAUAAGAAAAUAAACAUAGGAAAAAAUGUUGAUAUGGUAUAUACCGAAAUUAAAGAAGAGUUGGAAAAUUCGGAACAGCGGGAAACAAUAUUGAUGGAAAACAAAUCCAUUUCAGAUGAAUUAAAGGAAUUUAUAUUUAAUGAUACAUUUAACGAAUCUGAAAAUAAAAUCGCUGUGAAUACAAAUAAUAUUGGAUAUAAUAAUAAAAAUUUUGCAAAUAUGUAUGACAAUAUGAGAAAUUCAGUGCCUUUAGUAGAUACUUCAAUUCCAGUUCCUUUUGUUGACGAGAAACUUAAAGAAAUAACUGUAAAUCAAAUUAAUGAAAAUAUUUCAAUUCUUGAUUUACCCCAAGAAAUCAAUAUCGAAAACCAAACCUCGACAGAAGGAGUGGAAUCAACUUCAAAUAACGUUUCUUUAGUAGUAACAAUGGAUCACCAGGCAUUCCUUGGAAACAAUAUAUUACAUAUCUAUCAAAUACCAAAUUAAAAUUUGAUUAUUUUGUAUAUUUGUCUUAAAUACCCAUAAAAUAUAUUUGAAUAUUUACCUAUUGUAUUAAAAACACA